AUGGCAAAUAAUAGCAUCCUUCAGGUCUUCGUUGUUUUUCUCAUCGCGCAAGUUUGCUUACUGAUGAUGAUGGCAGCACCGGUAGCGCAGGCAGCCGGCAGGCUUAUGGGAUACAAUCCUGUUUGCUGCCCUAGGGACAUCUAUUGUUGUGGGUUCGGCGGCAUGAUUUCCAAUGGAACUGCAUCCUCCACCACUCCUUGA